CGGAUCAUGAUUUGUACUUUCGCUUCCACGGGAACCCGGAAAGUCACGCCAUGGUCGACAAAAUAGCCUUGGAUGAUUCCUUCUUCCGGUUUGCCAUUGUGCGCCAUCCCUGGGAUCGUAUUGUGAGCGGCUAUCGCUCCAAGUUCGAGGGCGAUUGCCGACACGAUCCGGCCUGCCUCGUCAAGUCUUAUCGCUUUCCCAGUCACGUGGCAAAGCUUCCAUAUCUGACCUUUCAUCAAUUCGUGCAGGAACUCUUCAAGCAGGCACCGGCAGACAUGGACCCCCACUUUCGUCCAGCUCACUACAUGUGCGAAUUUGGCAACUUUCCGUACGACGCCCUCCUCGACCUAUCGGAACCCGAGGAAAUGGAUCACGUCGGCGAGAGGCUUGGCUUUGAAUUCACCUUUUCCCAGUUUGUGGCCACCCACACCGCCAAGUACAACUCGAGUACCUACUUUGGCGGACGCACCCACACCGUCUUUCCGUGCAAUGCCCAGACAGUCAAACUAGUCCAGCUCAUCUAUGCAGCCGAUGCUGCUUUCAUGGGUUACAAUUUUACCCACGCCUAUGAAUCCUGUAUCAUGCACGGACUGAGCAAGGUUCCAUCUGAAAAGGAUGUUGUCAUGACGGCUGCUAAGCAAGCCGAGAUGGCUGCAAAUAGUGCACACAAUGACCACGC